UCCGGGAGCAGGCGCCUCCAAGGUGUUCCACAAAUGUUGAUCCUGCUAAAUGGUGGAAGGUCUUUUGAUAAUGUAGAUACCCCAGCCUCUGCUCUAAAACAGCAGGGCAUCUAUGUUGUUGGCAUUGGAACAAGGAACUCUGAUAGUAGAGAGCUGCAGAAGAUAUCAUAUGAGCCUACUUACGCUCUAUCAGUGUCUGAAUUCACUGACCUCCCCGAUAUCCAAGAACAGCUCUCCUCUGUAAUGAGCACGGUGCUAGGGAGGGCCACGCCCAUGACACCAACAGUGACUGUGGAGAGACAGCUACCAGGAAGGGAUCUUGUGUUCUUGUUGGAUGGAUCUGAUGGUACUAGAACUGGAUUCCCAGCUAUGCGAGACUUUGUCCAAAGAGUAGUAGAGACACUCAGUGUGGAUGACAACAAAGACCGUGUCUCAGUGGUUCAGUACAGCAGAGAUCCAGCUGUCCAGUUCUAUCUGAACACAUACACCACUAAGGGCGAGAUCCUUGACACGGUCAGAGGUUUGAGGCACAAAGGCGGAAGACCCCUCAACACUGGAGCAGCUCUCCAGUACUUGAGGGAUAAUGUCUUCACGGCCUCUGCCGGAAGCAGGCGUGUGGAAGGAGUUCCACAGGUCCUAAUAUUGCUAAGUGGUGGAAGGUCUUUUGACAGUGUUGAUGUACCAGCCUCUGCUCUCAAACAGCUGGGUGUCUUGACCAUUACAAUUGGAACCGGGAGCUCUGAUAGCAUCGAACUGCAGAAGAUAUCCCACGAUCCCAGUUAUGCGCUAUCUGUGUCUGAAUUCACUGACCUUCCCAGUGUCCAACAGCAACUUAAGUCCUCCGUGGAGGCUGUGGUUAUUGGCGUCGCCCCAGAAUCACCAACUGUAUUUGUUGACACUGCCAAAAAGGAUAUCGUAUUCCUUCUGGAUGGUUCUGAUGCCACAAGGAAUGGCUUCCCUGCCAUGCGUGAUUUUGUUGAGAGAGUGGUGGAGAAACUCAAUGUGGGAGAAAACAAAGACCGUGUCUCUGUGGUCCAGUACAGCAGAGAUGCAGAGGUCCAUUUCGAUCUGAAAAGAUACAAAACACGAGAUGAUAUUCUGGAUUCGGUCAGAGGGCUGAGACACAGAGGAGGCAGACCCCUCAACACCGGGGCAGCCCUCCAAUAUGUCAGGGACAACGUCUUCACAAACUCCUCCGGGAGCAGGCGCCUCCAAGGUGUUCCACAAAUGUUGAUCCUGCUAAAUGGUGGAAGGUCUUUUGAUAAUGUAGAUACCCCAGCCUCUGCUCUAAAACAGCAGGGCAUCUAUGUUGUUGGCAUUGGAACAAGGAACUCUGAUAGUAGAGAGCUGCAGAAGAUAUCAUAUGAGCCUACUUACGCUCUAUCAGUGUCUGAAUUCACUGACCUCCCCGAUAUCCAAGAACAGCUCUCCUCUGUAAUGAGCACGGUGCUAGGGAGGGCCACGCCCAUGACACCAACAGUGACUGUGGAGAGACAGCUACCAGGAAGGGAUCUUGUGUUCUUGUUGGAUGGAUCUGAUGGUACUAGAACUGGAUUCCCAGCUAUGCGAGACUUUGUCCAAAGAGUAGUAGAGACACUCAGUGUGGAUGACAACAAAGACCGUGUCUCAGUGGUUCAGUACAGCAGAGAUCCAACUGUCCAGUUCUAUCUGAACACAUACACCACUAAGGGCGAGAUCCUUGACACGGUCAGAGGUUUGAGGCACAAAGGCGGAAGACCCCUCAACACUGGAGCAGCUCUCCAGUACUUGAGGGAUAAUGUCUUCACGGCCUCUGCCGGAAGCAGGCGUGUGGAAGGAGUUCCACAGGUCCUAAUAUUGCUAAGUGGUGGAAGGUCUUUUGACAGUGUUGAUGUACCAGCCUCUGCUCUCAAACAGCUGGGUGUCUUGACCAUUACAAUUGGAACUGGGAGCUCUGAUAACAUCGAACUGCAGAAGAUAUCCCACGAUCCCAGUUAUGCUCUAUCUGUGUCUGAAUUCACUGACCUUCACAGUGUCCAACAGCAACUUCAGUCUUCCGUGGAGGCUGUUUUUAUUGAUGUCACCCCACAUGCACCAACUUUAUCUGUUGACUCUGCCAAAAAGGAUAUUGUAUUCCUUCUGGAUGGUUCUGAUGGCACAAGGAAUGGCUUCCCUGCCAUGCGUGAUUUUGUUGAGAGAGUGGUGGAGAAACUAAAUGUGGGAGAAAACAAUGAUCGUGUCUCUGUGGUCCAGUACAGCAGAAAUGCAUUUGUCCAUUUCGAGCUGAAAACAUACAAAACACGAAAUGAUAUUUUGAAUGCGGUCAGAGGGCUGAGACACAGAGGAGGCAGACCCCUCAACACUGGCGCAGCCCUUCAAUAUGUCAGGGACAACGUCUUCACAAACUCCUCCGGGAGCAGGCUCCUCCAAGGAGUUCCUCAAAUGUUGAUCCUUCUCAAUAGCGGAAGGUCUUCUGACAGUGUUCAAGCACCAGCCUCUGCUCUUAAACAGCAGGGCAUCUUUACGAUUGGCAUUGGAAUAAGGAACUAUGAUAGUAGAGAGCUGCAGAAGAUAUCUUAUGACCCCAGUUAUGCUCUAUCAGUGUCUGAGUUCAAUGACCUGCCCAGCAUCCAAGAUCAGCUCUCUUCUUUAAUGCGCACCGUGCUCUUCAAAGCCACACCCAUGACACCAACAGUCCCUGCUGAGUCACAGGGACCCCGGAAGGAUGUUGUUUUCCUUGUUGAUGGAUCUGAUGGUGUUGGACGGGAAUUUCCUAUCAUCCAGGAGUUUAUUCGCAGGGUCGUGGAGAGUCUCAACGUGGGCGAGAACAAGAUCCGGGUUGGCGUGGUCCAGUAUGGUGACUCUGCUCAGGCUGACAUGUUUCUGAACUCACAUACAACCAAAGAAGGUGUUUUGAAUGCCGUCAAAGUAAUGAGGCAACGAGGAGGAAGACAACGUAACCUGGGUCAGGCUUUGCAGUUUGUCAGUCAGAACGUUUUGACAACAGAACGUGGUAGCAGGAAGCAAGAUGGUGUUCCACAGUUUGUAAUUGUCGUCUCCAGUGGGUCUUCAACAGAUGACAUCAGACGUGCAGCCACUUCCCUCAAACAAUCUAGAGUUCUUCCCUUCAGCAUUGGGACCAGAGAUGUUAACCCUACAGAGCUCCAGAUGGUGUCAUAUGUGCCUAACUUUGCCUUCACUGUAGAUGAUCUCCCUGGCCUGUACACAGUCCAACAAAACUUAAUCAACACUCUCACUGAGUUGUCAGAUGAUGACAUCACCAGGAUGAGUCCAGUAUUCCCAACCCCUGAUGUCACACCAGUCUCCAGAGAAGGAGAAAAGAGGGAUGUCGUAUUUCUAAUUGAUGGCACGACAGCGGUGCGUAGUGAGUUCCCUUCUAUCCGUGAUAUGAUAAGAAGAGUUGUGGAGAAACUGGAUGUGGGAAUGGAUAAGGUCCGGGUUUCAGUGGUACAAUACAGUGACGAACCAAAGUUAGAAUUUCUUCUGAAUGAAUUCUCCACCAAAGAAGAAGUACGCCAGGCUGUGGGGAGACUUCGAAGCAAAGGAGGAAACCGUCUCAACACAGGUCGUGCUCUUGAGUGGGUCUCCAGAAACAUCUACCAGAGGUCAAUGGGUAGCCGUAUUGAGGAUGGUGUUCCUCAGUUCCUCAUUCUAGUAACAGGUGGCAAGUCUACCGAUGAUGUAUCCACUGCAGCUGACCAACUUAAGAGAAAUCGAGUUGCACCUCUUGCCAUUGGUUCAAGAAAUGCAGACCCUGAUGAACUGAGACAGAUUUCCCUCAAGCCUGAACUUGUAUAUACAGUUGACAGUUUCCAGCAGCUGCCAAGAGUGGAGUCACAGCUCACUGAUUCAGUCAAAACAAUAUCCACCGCUGAUAUCAUUGGUAGUUAUGAUCCUCCCACAGUUGACUUAGGCAACCUAAAUCUUGGGAGAAAAGACAUUAUCUUCCUUAUUGAUGGCUCAGACAAUACAGGUUCUGCUGGCAUAGCUCAUAUCCGCGACUUCAUCCUCAACAUAGUCCAACAACUUGAUGUGCAGCCUGAUCAAGUGCGUGUGGCUAUUGUCCAGUAUGCAGACAAAGUUAAAACAGAGUUCUCAUUGAACCGCCACAAUAACAAGCCAGAUGUUAUCUCUGCAAUCAGAAGACUUCGUCAGAUUGGUGGCCGGUCAUCAGAUCUAGCUGAUGCCAUUGAGUAUAUUAUAAGGAAUGAGUUAAAACCCUCUGCCGGAGCUCGUAUAGCUGAGGCCUCCCAGCAUCUUGUGGUCCUCACAGGUGGACGUUCCCGGCAAGAUGUUUCUCUCUAUGGACCUCUGCUUAAGGGCGCCAGAGUCAACUGCAUUGGAGUUGGAGCUGGCGGUGCUGACACAAGGCAGUUAACCCAAAUUGCCACCACCUCAGAUGAUGUCCUUCAGGUUCCUACAUUCCCUGGCCUGCCAGCAAUCCGGGAAAGAUUUAUUUCCAGGUUGAGUGGGACAAUGACUGAGGAAACACCCACAGAAUAUGAGGAGCCUACAGCAGGCCUGCCUCCACCCAAAAAAGCGGAUAUAGUGUUUUUGGUGGAUGGCUCCAUAAACUUCCGCAGGGAAGAAUUCAAUGAAGUGAUGUCGUUUAUCAUCAACCUAAUUGACCUGUUCUUCACCGAGAGAGACAACCUGCGGAUAGGCUUGGCACAUUAUGCUACAGAUGUAACUGAUGUCUUCUACCUCAACACAUACAAGAGUCAACAAGACAUUGUAAGCGCCAUCGGUCGUGCAGAGUAUAAAGGUGGACAAAACGCCAACACUGGUGCAGCCAUUCGCCACAUUCAAGAUGUUCACUUUACAAAAGAAAAAGGCAGUAGGAUGGAUGAGGGCACUCCUCAGAUCCUAAUGGUUAUCACUGGAGGGCGCUCAGCUGAUGACAGCAAAACAGCAGCCCUUGGUCUGAAGAAAAAAGGUGUGAGAAUCUUCGCUGUAGGAGUGGGUGACACUGCGAAUGAGUUAGAAGAACUAGCAAGUGAGUCCACCACUGUGGCUCGAGCAAGGGACAUUCAGCAACUUUCAGAGCUCAAUGAGCAAAUCCUGGAGACUUUAGAUGAUGAAGUGAAGGGGAAGCUGUGUGUUGGUGUGGAUGAAACUCCUAAAACCUGCAACAUAGAGGUGUUGGUGGGCUUUGAUGUUUCUGCCCAGAACAUCUUCAGUGCUCAGACCAACCUCCAGAGCAAGAUGGGUGCCAUUCUGCAGAGAAUAUCCAAAAUGGCAGCUGUUAGUUGCUCCUCUGGGCAGCUUCCCUCUGUACAAGUGGGAAUGCUAGCUAUGGACUCCGCUUCUGAGCCUGUCCAGCUGGACUUCACAGACAAUGCUGAUGAACUCCUUGAGGCCUUCAGAGCUCUGCGGAGUCGUGGCCCCUUUGUCCUCAAUGGCAAGACCGUCUCAGCUUACACCAAUAGGUUCAAAACCAGACAGGACAAUAUUGUUAAGGUUGUCAUUCAUCUGACUGAUGGUGUUGACGCUCCAUAUGCUGAAAUGAAAAGGCGAGUUGAGGAGCUUCGGCUGUCAGGAGUAAACAGUUUCAUCCUGGUUGGGCUGGAGCGGGUGCCCAAAUUUGAGGAGGCUUUGUUGCUGGAAUUUGGUCGGGGCUUCAGGUACACCAGACCCUUACGAGUCAAUAUCAUGGACUUGGACUAUGAGCUAAUGGAAGAACUGGACAAUAUUGCAGAGAGGGAGUGCUGUGCUGUGCCAUGCAAAUGUACCGGCACCAGAGGAGACCGAGGAGCAGUUGGACGUUCAGGGUCUAAGGGUAGUCCAGGAUCACCAGGAAGCCAAGGACAUCCUGGAGAUGAGGGUGGACCUGGAGAGAGAGGUCCUCCUGGUGUGAAUGGAACUCAGGGUUUCCAGGGAUGUCCUGGACAGAGAGGUGUCAAGGGUUCUCGUGGGUACUCAGGAGAAAAGGGUGAAUCUGGAGAAAUUGGGCUUGAUGGGAUCAAUGGAGAAGAGGGCAAAACUGGAGUGGCUGGACCCUCAGGAGACAGAGGAAAUCCUGGCAGAAGAGGUCCCAAAGGUACCAAAGGACAAGCAGGAGACAGAGGAGAACUGGGAAUCAGAGGAGACCCUGGUACAAGUGGACAAGAUAACAACCGCGCAGGACCUAAAGGAGACCCUGGUGAUGCUGGACCAGCGGGGGGGCCUGGUGUGGAUGGAAAGAAGGGAAGCCCUGGUGAACUCGGAAGAAGGGGAGCUGAUGGCAGAAGAGGCCCGCCAGGACAGGCUGGAAAUUCUGGAAGUGCAGGAGCUAAUGGUGUUCAGGGAGAGCCUGGAGUUGGAGGAUCUAGAGGUCCACCUGGACCGAUUGGUGUACCAGGACCAGGAGGAGAAGAUGGGAACCCUGGACCCAGAGGUCCCGGAGGUAGCCCAGGUCCUGCUGGAGAAAAAGGUAGAAGAGGAGCUCUUGGUCGCAAGGGAGAGCCAGGGGAGCCAGGACCUAAGGGUGUUAUUGGACCUCUCGGUCCCCGUGGAGAGCCUGGUGAAGAUGGUAAAGAUGGGUUUGGCAUCCCAGGGCCUCCAGGAAGAAAGGGUGAUGAGGGCUUCCCAGGAUUCCCAGGACCAAAGGGAGCAGCUGGAGACCCUGGAACAAAGGGUGGACCUGGACACAGAGGAAAUCGUGGACAGAGGGGUUUCUCUGGCAAUAUUGGUACACCCGGACAGAAGGGAGAGGUUGGAUAUCCUGGGCCAUAUGGCCUGAAAGGACGGAGAGGACCAGGUGUCGUGCAAUGUGACCUGGUCAAGAAAAUCAGGGAAAACUGUCCUUGUUGUUAUGGUCAGCAGGAAUGCCCGCUCUACCCCACUGAGCUUGCCUUUGCCCUUGAUGCCUCCAGCUCCACUGACCGCACAGUAUUCAACAACAUGCGUAACACAGCCCUGCGCCUAGUCAGAGACAUCACUAUCUCCGAGAGUAACUGUCCAAGAGGAGCCCGUGUUGCUGUAACCCUCUACAACAGUGAAGUGACCACUGUCGUCCGGUUUGCUGAUGCAAUGAAGAAGCGUGCCCUGGUGCAGCAAAUUGAGGGACUACAGAACCUGCAGACCAAUAAGAAGCGUAACCUGGAGACGGCCAUGAACUUUGUGGCCCAGAACACCUUCAAAAGAGUGCGCAGUGGUUUCCUCAUGAGGAAGGUGGCCAUCUUCUUUGUUGGUGGGGCAGUGGGUCAGACACAAGCACUUACUAAUGCAGCUCUUCGCCUCCAUGAUGCUGGAAUUGCCACUCUGUUCUUGUUCAGCAGUGAAGACAGAGAAUUCAGCAGAGCACUGCAGUUCAACAACACAGCCCUGGCCCAAGUAAUAGUCCUUCCCAGACCUGGAACUGCACAGUAUAAUUCAGUCAUCCAAAAGGUUAUGAACUGCCAUGUCUGCCUAGACAUCUGCUCUCCGGACCAAAUGUGUGACUAUGUGCCCCCAUCGGCCAGCCGAGAUAGGAGGUCUUUCACCACUGACGUUGACAUUGACAUGGCUUUCGUCAUGGACAGCUCCGAGUCCACCUAUCCAACAAUCUUUACAGACAUUAAACACUACAUAGCGUACAUAGUGGAGCACCUACACGUGUCUUCAAAUCCCACAUCAUCUGUUCACCACGCUAGAGUAUCUGUGAUCCAGCAAGCACCUUACGAGUUCCACCACAACAAAACUGGCUCUCCCAUCCAUGUAGAUAUUGGUUUGACCGAGCACAACUCAGCUCAGGAUAUUGUCAAAUUUCUGCUGGAGAAGACACCGCAGUUAGAGGGUAGCCUGGCACUGGCAAACGCUAUCGAAAUGACAGUGGAACAGGUGUUUGAGAAGGCGCCUCUCCAACGUGAAAGGAAAGUACUGAUGCUCUUUGUGACAGGAAGUGUGGAAGACGAAGAAGAGCGGCUGGUGCGUAUUGCCACUGAGGUCAAGUGCAGAGGCUACUUCCUGGUCAUCCUGGGUGUGGGGGAGAAGUUGAGUGCUAGAGAUGCUCGUGUCUUGUCACGCAUGGCCAGUGAGCCCUCAGAUGUCUUCUUCAAGCGGCUGGACAGCACCUCAUACUUUCACGACAAACCUUUCCUGAACUUCGCCCAACUGCUGCCAAAGUACAUCAGCAUUGAAAAUGCUUUCUACAUGUCCCCUGAAGUCUCCAAAAACUGCAAGUGGUUCCAGAGUGAUCAGCCACUAAAAAACCCCUUCACAUCAUCACACCAACAGCAGAAACAUCAGAAACAACAUGAAAAUCACCAAGCAGUUCAUCAAAUAAAGCACAAAGAUGCAGAUGAGCUGCACGUCUCCAAUGUCACCUCCAGCAGCUUGAAAUUGCGCUGGACCAGCCCAGACCCCAAGCUCUUUGUUUACUUUGAGGUAGUGGUGACACGGUUGCACGACCAUACCCUGGUGCUGAAGACCAAUGUGUCAGGCGCAGAGCUUUCCUUGGACAACUUAGAGAGUGCUCAAACAUAUCAUGCUGUGGUCACUGCUUACACUGCAGAGGGUCAAAUUGUCUCCACCCGCAAAGGCAUCAUCACUACCAAAGCAGCAGAGCCUAAGCCAGUGCAUAAGCCAGCCAGACAAGGCACCGGUAAUGUAAAUACCACACCACUGGACAAACCAGAAACUGUUCCAGAACCUCAGCCAAAAGUUCAGAAGGCUGAACAGGUGGAGAUACUCCCGGCUCCUGCGGCCUCUACAGCCGUGGACAUUUGCCAGCUUCCCAAAGAGGAAGGUACUUGUGCCAAAUUUGUCCUCAAGUGGCACUAUGAUGUUCCCAGCAAGAGCUGUACACGCUUCUGGUAUGGAGGCUGCGGAGGAAACCAGAAUCGCUUUGACACGCAUGAGCAGUGUGCGAAGGCUUGUGGAAAACCAGCACCCAUCAACCAAGGAGUCAUCGCUGCAAUAAGAACAUAGGACAAAAGUGUCACGCAUGGCCAGCUUUCACCUCUGUUAUUGGUAUUCUGAGGAGAACCAUCCAAAGUGGCCAUACUGUUAGGAUGCAUUACCACGUCAAUGGUGGCUGCACUGGAUUCCACGAAAAUGGACUUUAUCCCCCAAAUUCUUGAAGUAGUCUUUUUCACAACAAGAUGGAAGGCAACACGAUUUGCUGCAUGAUUUGUUUUAACCUACUGGUGCUACAUCGUAUGUUUGUUUUACAGAUUGAGUUGUUGAGUGCAUUUAGUUUUGUAAAGUCAAGUUUUCUGGAACAAUGACAUCAUGACUUUUCAUAUUUUUUAAAAUGCAGUUUUAUGAUUAAGCAAGAAACAUAUAUGAAUAUCUUGGACAGAGAUUAGCAAUAAAUCAAUACACGCAGGACUGGCAUUAUUCAAAGCAGUAAUCUUUUUUAUAUUUUUUACAUUCCACAUUCACAUAGCAACAAUUGCUUUUUUUAAUCUAUAUUGUUUUAAAAAUCACUUGAUCCCUGUGGAACCAUUCCUUCACUAUUUUACAGUCACAGAAUCCACAGCCAUGUUUACACAAAACUUGUAUGGCGAUGUGUGUAUUUAAAUGACAGUGACCAACUGCUCGGAUGCUAAAACUUCAAUGUAAUGUUAAGUGCACUUCUGGAUCCACUGCCUCAAACACACACUUUCUAGCUAUUGAGAAAUGGAAUGUACUUGUCAAGCUGUUUUUUAUUUUUGUUUUAUUUGGUUUUACUGAAAUUUGUGUUUCAUCUGGGUGUAGGGGAAAUAAAAAUGAAUUAGACUUUCUAAUAAACUUGAGCAACUGA